CUCUUCUUCUCCCCCUCCGCCUCCUCGCCUCCUCCUCCACAUCGCCAUUAUUACACCUUCCUCUCCCUCUCCAUCUCUCUUCCAACCUCUCUCUCUCUCUCUCGGCGUCGGGAUGAUGCCGAUGCCGCCGUCGGGGCAGCGGCGGCUGGAGUUCAGCUUCCAGGGGUCGUCGGCGUCGGCGGUGGGUGGGGGAGGAGGGGAGUUCGAGAGGGUUAGGAUGCGGAGCCCGCUGGGGAACCCGAUGGCGGCGAGGGAAGGGGAGGAGGAGUCGCGGUGGCUGCAGGCGUCGCGGGUCGGCUCGCCGGAGUCCGGCACGCCGUCGCCGGAGUUCUGGGGGCAGCAGCAGCAGCAGCAGCUCCAGCGGCUAUACCCGGCGUCGGCGGGGAGCUCGCCGUCGAGGGCGCAGGCGAUCGCCGGGUACCGACGCGAGAUGCUCGACCUCGUCCGCGGCCUCCCCGAGUCCUGCUACGAGCUCUCCCUCCGCGACAUCGUCGAGUCCCCUCCUCCUCCGCCGCCGCAUCCUCUCCCUCCUCCUCCCCCCACCCCACCACCUCCCACCGCCGAAGCCACGAUCACCGCGGCGGCGGCGGGCGCCAUGGGCGAGGAAGCCAGCAAGAAGCAGGGGAAAUCCACCACCGCCAAGACGGCGAGGAAGCAGAGGACGAUAGGGCGGACGCGGAGCCGGAGCAUGGACCGCAGCGUGAGCCUCGACACCGGCCUGCUCAUCAAGCUCUUCCUCCCGCUCUCCGUCGGCGGCGGCGGCGGGAAGAAGAAGGUGUCGCCCAAGCCGCCCGCCGCCGCCGCCGCCGGCGGCAAGAAGAACAAGACGAAGGGGAAGAAGAAGAAGAAGCAGGAGGCGCAGCUGCAGGAGGAGGAGUGGUGGAGCAAGGGCGGCGAGUUCAGCGAGGCCGGCACCAGCAGCAGGACGAGCAGCACCAACAGCACUAGCAGCGGCGGCCAUGGAAGCAGCAGCAGCAGCAGCAUCGGAAAUGGCCAUGGCGGCGGCAACCCGAAGGCUCAAACAACCAGGAGCAGGAGCAGAAAGAGAAUUGGGUGCUAUGGUUUCUUCAAGAAAAACAAAAGCAAAAAUGGAGGUGCUGAAGAUUAGAACAUGAUGCAAAUGAAGAAGUGGGCUACAUCCAGGAAGAGGAUAUAAAGCUUCUGUAGUGAUCUGCUUAUACAACAAGCAUCAGCAUGCAAAAGGAGCUCAUGCAAUGAUGCAAAAACACCAACUUUGCAUACAUAAAAUCAGUGCAAGAUGCAUGAAACGAUAUGACACCAGUGAAAAGUGCAAUGUGCACCACUAUGACUGGCUCACACACACAGAGAUUAUUUAGAGAGGGAAAGGAAUGCAUAAAAAUACAGAGGACAAACACCCUGCAUUGGCACUGAGAUCUUUUAUUUGCAACACAUUUCCUGUACUUUCUGAAAGUCUCACAUCUCUUGUACUAUUCCUCUGUCUGUACAUGUCCUAAUGUAAUAAUUUCUUUGGUUUUUGUUAGUUACGUACUAAUUAAAAGUUAAAACAGAGAUUUGUGGA